AUGAAUACUCAUACAAUUACUUAUCCUAAACCUUUAGUUCGCAUAUUGCAACAUUCAAGAGCAGAUACCUCGAGUGUUUCAUCAAAUCAAUCUUACGAAUCUCAUUUCACAGAUAUCGAAAGACCUUAAAAUCCAAUGAUCAAGAAUUUCAUAGACAAUCAAGAAGAUGAUCUCGAAAGCUUCUUUGAUCAACUAGAAUGA